AUGCCCUACGAUAAAUAUUUAAACGAAUUCUGUGAUAUUAUCGAUACCUAUGGCGGUCGUGAUAAGGUAAUGAAAGCUUUGUGUUAUGGAUCCAAAUUAAUAGCUGGCUAUUAUGGUGAUCGUAAACCUGAAUUGGCGAAGCGUUAUGCUAUUGCCAGUUCGAGGAUAUCUGGGGCAAGAGCUACAUUGCGUUUAAUUGAUGAUAUACCCAUGAUACAGUAUGCCCUGGAAUAUGGCUUGGGUAAAGGGGAAUCAGAUAGCAUUAUGGCUGUGCUGGGUGUGGCAGCCAACAUUGUUGAUUUACUCUAUUAUCCUGUAGAGAAAAUCUGUUGGUUAUCCGAACACAAAAUCGUUGAUAUUAAAAAUGCCGAUUAUUGGGAUAAUGUCAAUACGAUAUUUUGGGUUGUGGGUGUCUAUUUGAAUUUGAUGAGAAACAUACGCAGCUUUGGUUUAAAUCAACAAAAAAUAAAUACCAUCAAGGAAACAAAAGACAAUCCCGACAUGGAGAAAAUGUUAAAGAAACAUCGUAUCGAAAUGUUAACAUUGCUGCGUUUAACCCUCGAUUUUAUACAUGCCGGUAGCUAUUUGCCCAAGGGUUAUCUCUGGGGUGGUAAAUUGUCGACAUUCCAAAUUGGUGCCAUUGGUACAACCUCAGCAGCGAUAGGAAUUUAUCAAAUCUUUGCCAAACGGAGACUUAAUAAAUAG